AUGGGUGUGGGAAAUGUUCUGAACGAUGUGAAGCCGUACCUGGCCAUGAUCCUGCUGCAGGUAGGGUUCGCCGGGAUGUACAUCGUCGCCGUGGCCUCGCUCAAGCGCGGGAUGAGCCACUUCGUCCUCGUCGUAUACCGUAAUCUCUUCGCCACCGCCGUCAUGGCGCCCUUCGCGCUCUGGUUCGAGAGGAAGUCGAGGCCAAGGAUGACCAUCAAAAUCUUCCUCAAGAUAAUGGGGCUCACCUUACUCGAGCCCGUGCUGGAUCAGAACCUCUACUUCAUGGGGGCGAAGCUGACCUCGGCCGGCUUCGCGUCGGCGCUCAUCAACAUUCUCCCGGCCGUCACAUUCGUCAUGGCCCUCGUCCUACGGAUGGAGAAGGUGCGGCUGCGGAGCGUGCACAGCCAGGCCAAGAUCGUGGGCACGGUCCUCACCGUGGCCGGCGCGGUGCUCAUGAUCCUGUACCACGGCCCCGUGGUGCAGUUCCCGUGGUCCAAGGGGCAGCACCACCACGACAGCAGCGCCGGAGGAGGCAGCCAGGGCGGCGCCGGCUUCCUCACCGGGAUCAUCACCAUCAUCGUCGCCUGCGUCUGCUGGUCGGCCUUCUUCGUUCUCCAGGCCAACACGCUCAAGAGCUACCCCGCGGAGCUGUCGCUGACGACGCUCAUCUGCCUCAUGGGCUCGCUGAUGAGCGGCUCCGUCGCGCUCGUCGCCGAGCGCCGCAACACCCAGGCCUGGGUCAUCGGCUUCGACACCCGCCUCUUCACCGCCGCCUACGCCGGCAUAGUGUGCUCCGGCGUGGCGUACUACGUGCAGGGUAUCGUGUCGAGGCAACGAGGCCCGGUGUUCGUCACGGCCUUCAAUCCUCUCUGCAUGAUCAUAACCGCCAUCAUGGGCUCCAUCAUACUCAAAGAAGAGAUCACUCGCGGAAGCGUGAUUGGCGCUGCGAUCAUCGUGCUAGGCCUGUACGCGCUCAUCUGGGGCAAGAGCAAGGACGAGGUGAACCAGGUCGCCGACGUCUCAGCAUCAGGCGGCUCCAAGGGCGGUGCAGCGGCUGGUGGCGAGCUGCCCAUCACCUUGGCGCAGUCCAACGGCAACGGCAAGCACGAGCUCGGCAGCGGCCGCGGCGUCGUCUUCGACGUCGAGACGCCGGUGGCCAACGGUCAUUACGAGCUAGCUAGCUAG